AUGUGCAGAGCUCAAGCCGGCGCUCCGUCUUGUUUCCCGUCGCCGCCUCCCGCUUCGAUGGUUGACAUUUGGGUGCACCCGAGGCACGGAGGGCUCCAGGAGAUGAUCCUGAAAGAGAGGAAGUGGACAGCCAAAGCUAUUCAGCAACGGCGCAGCCUGCAGAAGGAUGAGAAGGAAGCGAAGAUUGUGGAGGUACUCAGCGGUGAGUCCAAGAUCCAAGUUGAAAACGCGCCGGCACGGAAGGAAGCUCUGGAAAGGGCAGGCUCCUCCAAGGCGGUGGAGACAGCUUCCUUGCUAAAGUCGCGGAAUGGCUGCCUGCUGCCGACAAAUGUCUCCAUUGGGCCAGCAGCUUACUACACUGGCUGUGGCCGCCAUAUCCGUUGA